UCUGCGCAAAGAGACCAGUUGCACGUGCAUUUACGUAGUUUUUCAGAGUUUUGGUGUUUUGAGUGGAUAGUCAGUGGUGAUGUAAGCAAAAUUUUUCGACAUCAUGAUAAGUCGUGGAAAAAACUUAGUAUAUUUGGCCAGAAGUGGAAAAUCUAAUGUACCAUUAAACGAAGUGAAACUAGAUGAAUCCGACGAACACUCGGACGAAUAUAAUUAUGAUUAUUUAGAAGACCAAUAUGCAGAAGACCCGUGGUCACAUUUUAAAAAGUGGCAAGCAGCAAAGAAAAUAAAAAUACCAUUGGCUCAAAGAUUGAAUAACUCAUACUGUAAUCAAAAGGACAACCAUAUGGAAAAUGAUAAUCAAAAUUUUGAAGAACGUGUGCUUGAAGAAUUAAGACCACUUGAAACUAGCCCACAACUCUCAACGUUAGACCACAAUCUUCAGGGAAAUGUUCAAACCGGAUCUGAGAAUAGUGUUAAUAGCGUUUUAAAUGAUAUUCAAAAUCAUGAAGACCCUGUUAACCAAUUAACGCCUCUAACUACUACAGAAGCGGUGCAUACAUGUAACGAUCAACUUCUGAAUUCCGCCGAAAAGGAAGAUCAUAAUAGUGAUGACGAAAAUUCGCAUUUGUCGGAGAGUUCCCUAUUUGCAGAUUCAUCAGUUUCUUGGAAGCCCAAUCAAGAGAAUGAUGUCACUUCAGAAGAUAAUUAUUCCGAGAUAAGCGAGUCUAUCCCCCGAAAAUCACCUAUAUAUUUUCAUGCCGCUUCUAAGGAACGUCAGUCAUCAAAUCCUGUCAAGUGUAUUGAAAGUUCUCUUGACGCGAAAAAUCCACUCCCAACGAGUCCAAAACCAUUACCUACAUCAGACUGUGAUUUAUCGGGUUCCACUCGAAGACCAAUUCAUAAAAAUCCUGUGGAACACAGUCUACGUAAGGGAAGAGUAUGGGACAAAAAGGAUCGCUGCUCUUACUGCGAUAAAGACGUCACUAAUUUUUCAAGACAUCUUUUUAGAAAACAUGCAGAAGAAGAAAGUGUACGAAAAAUCCUUGAACAGCAGCCAAAAGGUGAACGCAAAAGAAAAAUUAUGAUUGAUCUCAUAAGAAAGCAAGGGAAUUUUACAAUUACCUUCCAUGCAUUUAUUGUAAAGGAUUAUACAAAAAAAAAUCUCUACGGAGGCACGCCCUUACUUGCUGUUACAAUAAAGAGAUUAAUCAAAAACACAAUUUUGCAAGCGAGGGUCAGACAAUGA